AUGGAAAAUCCUCUUCAGAUUAUUGAUAUUUCAAACAUAGACAUCCCUACUGCCAGAGAGGUUGUGAGUGCUGCUGGUUCUCAAGGGUUCCUAAUGUUAGAGGGCCAUGGGUUCUCUCAAGAAGAAGUGGCUGAGCUUUUCAAAGUCUCCAAAGGUUUCUUCGAAGAACCACUGGAAGAGAAAAAGAAAUACACUAUUCCUGCCAAUGACAACCAUGGCUAUACCACUUUUGGCGGAGAGAACUUGGAUGAGUCUAACCCUGAUAAACCCCAAGGCGACCCUAAAGAAGGUUACAAUUUCAGUAACCUGAACCUUCUAGAGGGCACAUGGAAUGGCUCUACUCCUGAGUACUUUCAAAAUUCAGAACAUGCUAAAGUUGUCCAAUCUGUGAUCAAGAAGCAUUCUUUAUUGGUUCACAAACUGCUGACUUUAUUCGCCAUAGGUCUUGAAAUAGAUAAAGAAGCUGGUGGCGCAGAUUGGUUUGUUCAACGUCAUAAAUUGACUGAUCCAAGUGGGACAACAUUCAGACUCUUGCAUUAUCCAUCCCCUAAGUCUCUCAACCCGGAAGAGACCAUCAGAGCAGGAGCCCACACCGAUUACGGGGGAGUAACACUUCUUUUUCAGCAGGAUGGACAGGCCGGUCUUGAGAUUCACUCGCCCUUAACAAAAAAAUGGACCCCUGUGCCAUUCGUGGAUGCCUCUGCCCAGUUCAAAGAAAAAGGAGCUGCUGCACCUAUAAUUGUCAACAUUGGGGACCAAUUGAGUUAUUGGACGAACGGACUCUUAAAGUCUACUGUUCAUCGUGUCAAGUUUCCUGAAGAAUCUGUAAGGGAGGGGAAAUCUAGGUACUCUAUUGUCUUUUUUUCUCAUCCAGCCGAUGAUACCUUGUUGGAACCAGUUCCUUCACCUUUCAUUAGAGCUGUCAACGGUAGAGGAGCUGGAGCUCAAUCAAAGGCAAUCACCGCCAAAGAACAUCUAUUGAAGAGAUUGGCAGCCACCUACGGAUGGUAUUAG